UCUGAAUUAUGUUGCUUUUAGGAUACUAGCAAGGACAAGAAGACCGAGGAUCUCAAAGAGAGCUCACAAUCACAGAAUGAAAUCUUUUUUAAUCCUAAUGUCUUAACUGAGUUUAAGUUGGCUGGGAGUGAAGAGGAGAUUGAAGAAGACAAAAAUAAUGUGAGGGGAGCCAGUAUGUUCCUCACAGAUGUUGUGCUUCCAAAAUUCAUUCAAGAUCUCUGCACACUGGAAGUCUCACCAAUGGAUGGCCAGACCUUGACUGAGGCACUCCAUGCUCAGGGAAUUAAUGUUCGGUAUAUAGGAAAAGUUGCUGAGGGCACUAAACAUUUACCCCAUUUAUGGGACCUUUGUUCUAAUGAGAUUGCAGUUAGAUCUGCAAAGCACAUUCUUAAGGAUGUUUUGAGAGAUACUGAAGAUCAUGACUUAGGGAUGGCACUUUCACAUUUCUUCAAUUGUUUCUUUGGAAGUUGUCAAGUACUUGCUACAAAAGCAGCUAGUAAUAUUCAGUCCAGAACCCCAAAGAAGGACCAAGUGGGUCACCAUCAUUCUUCCGGAAAAAAUUUAAGGGGACAAGCCAGAUGGAAAGGUAGAACACUUGCAAAAAAGAGUCAAUCCUCAUAUAUGAGUGUUAGCUCAGAUUCUCUUUGGGCUGACAUUCGAAAUUUUGGAAAGCUCAAAUAUCAGGACCAAGUGGGUCACCAUCAUUCUUCCGGAAAAAAUUUAAGGGGACAAGCCAGAUGGAAAGGUAGAACACUUGCAAAAAAGAGUCAAUCCUCAUAUAUGAGUGUUAGCUCAGAUUCUCUUUGGGCUGACAUUCGAAAUUUUGGAAAGCUCAAAUAUCAG